UUCCGGCAUGUAUAUAUAAGAACUCCACUGGUUCUUCUUAUCUCCCUCUCUCUUCCUUUUCUCUUCCUUCUCACCGAUCCUGGAAUGGUCUCGGAGGGUUCUUAGCUGGCUUUUCGAUUGGAUUAGCAGCAGCCGGGUCAGACGGAGCGGAGGCCGUGCCGGAGAAGGGAGAAGGAAAGUUUCAGGUGAACAUCUAACAUGGAUGAUCACAUGGGAAGACGGACAGUUGGUGGCCUUCUCUUCACCAAGGGGGGCUCAAUUCUUCUCUUCAGAGAAGACAGUGCGCGUCACAAGGCCACCAAUUGCUGCACGCGACACGGUUGCAGCAGCAAGCAUUUGGCCGGCAAAGACAAGCAAACACACAGGGCAGCAACAGCAGCCAAGGAAGCAUCAGAAACCCCUCGGAGAUCACAGAUUUUCAGGAAACCCAGCACGAGGACUCCUCAGGGAAGUACUGCUACUGAUAACAUCAGCAGGAAUGCAGCAAGCUCCUAUAGCGAAAACGACAAUAGGCCAAGAGAAACUCCAGGGCGUGAUUUAAUCGCUCGUCUCAAAGAGAGGGUCAAUGCAUCAAGAAAACGAUCAUUGAACAGAGAAAACAGUCCAUCAUCACCAAAUGGAUUAAGUGCUACUUCCUCAAGUAGUAGCCGCACAGUCUCAAGACCGUCGCAUCGGGCAGCUUCCCGAAUAAGGAAGGCAGAUGAAGGUGCAAAUGCAGGAGCUGUAAAUGUACGCAGAGACAGCAGUGGAGAUACCAGGAGGAAUUCAGAUAGGGAUGUCGAUGAUUUCUUGCUAGUUGAGCAGGCAGCAAGAGAUAGCACUGAAGGAUUCAUAUCUGGAUUCUUGGCAAGAUACAGAAGUAAUCAUCAGGGACUACUUUCAUCUUUGGACGACAGCAUAGAGGAUGCAAAUGGGUACUGGCGCUUCAAUAUGGAAGGAAGUGAAGAGCUUGAGAACUACUUCAUAUUCAAUGAUCGGUACAGAGGGAUGAGAAUGGACAUUGACGGCAUGUCUUAUGAGGAAUUGCUAGCAUUGGGAGAUAGAAUUGGCACCGUAAGCACUGGCCUUUCAGAAGACGCGCUGUCCAAGUGUCUAGACAGAAGCAUGUACAUGGCCACUACUUCAGGAACUCAUGAAGAUUGUGAGAGAAAAUGCAGCAUAUGCCAGGAGGAAUAUUCAGAUGGUGAGGAGGUGGGCAAGAUGGUCUGCAAACAUUACUACCACUUCUCCUGCAUAAAGAACUGGCUCCGGCAGAAGAACUGGUGUCCCAUUUGUAAAUCCGUCGCUCUGAAUACCAACUAGCACUAGCAGGGUGCUUCUUCAGAAACCAAAUGUACAGAUUCUCCAUGAAUGUUCUACCCAGACACAAUUUGCAUUCUUUUUUUGAUACUCUUUUAGAUCGAACCAUUCGUUCGCAUCCUCCAGACCUUUUGCAUUAUUGGUCUCCUUCAGUUCACAAUUUGCACUUGUGCAGUACGAACAUGGAAAGGAACAGGAAAUAACUCCUGAAAAAUGAAAAAAAAAAUAUAGUUCCUCAUUUUCUCUGUUUCUCA